UACCCCUUACCAAACAGUAACACAAUUCCGCCGCUUCUCUCUCUCCGCUCCGCUGCGUGAAACCAAAAGCAAAACCCUCUUCUUCUUUUGUUUUUUUUUGUUUUUAACUUAUAUAUAUUUUUUUAAAAGCAAAAAUCCCCAAAAGAAAAUAAAAUGCCAACAAAUCACUCUUCGAAAUCUCUCUCGCUCUUUCUCUUUUAAUUCAUAAAAACACAAUUCGGUUCAAAAAAUUUAUAAAACCAAUUAAAAUACAAAACCGGAUUUCGCGCUCUUAUGGCAGCUGCUCCUUCGCCCUCGCCUGCACUAAGCAACUCCAGCUCCGGCGCCACUCGCCCAACCACCACCGCCGCCGCCGACGCGCCUACAGUCGCACCCUUACACCCGGUGCACCGUACCGGCACGCCGCCCAAGACCCUUCGCGGCCUUAACAAGCCUAAGUGUAAGCAGUGCGGCAAUGUCGCGCGCUCCAGGUGUCCUUACGAGUCAUGCAAGAGUUGCUGCUCAAAAGCUCAAAAUCCAUGUCAUAUUCAUGUUUUGAAAACAAAUGCAACUUUUCCAGACAAGGCACCAACUUCAAACUCUCCUCUAUUUGACCAUCAGUCAACCGAGGCAUCACCAUCAGGGAAUUCCCAUAGAGUUGCAUCAUUCCGGCAACUUUCGAACAAUUUUGCUCAAUUCAAUAAUCUGCAUAUUCCGCUUCGUUCAAAGAAGCCUUUGACCAGAAAGGAUGCUGUGGCUAUUAAUGAAUGGAGAUUUUCCAAGUUAAAGGAAUACAAGGAAAGAAACAUUGAAGUGGAAAAUGAAGCUUUCGAUCGAUACAUGCAGAACGUCACCCUAUUAGAGGAAGUGUUUUCUGUGAAAUCUAUUAUGGAGGAGUCAAUUGGGGAUGGAUCAUCCAUAUCAAACCAUGAUACUACUACUAGUGCUACGGAAGAUGAAACUGAAGGUAUGGUGUCAGGACUGAAGUUGAAGUUGAGAUCAAAUCCAAUGAGAACCAAUAACUUCCGAAAGAGGAUACAGCAAGUUGUUGAUGAGGGACUAAAGAAGCUUCAGAAACGCGAGUUUGAUGACGGGGGCAAGAAAUCAAUUGGACCAAAUGGAUUGGAUAAAGGGCCACCAAAAGAAGAAUCAUGGUGGGCUGAAAGGGCUUCUGCUUUAGGCGAUCUCAUUGAUAAGCUGAACAAAGCCCGAAACGAGGAGGAUCUGAAGGCGUGCUGGGAGUUGAAAUCUCAGCUCUUCAGUGAACACAAAUUGACUAGUAGAUCAGAAUCCGAAGAGGCUGACAUAACUAAGAAACAGACUGCGAAGAAUGAUCCAGACCCCCGAAAGGAGUGGAAUUGUUUGUUUCCUAAAGUGAUUAGCACUACCGAAAUUGAUCAAGAAACUCUGAAAACCGUGGAUGCUCACUUCUCUACCAUUGAGCAGAUAGAAGGUUUAUGAUGAAAGAGAUUUAGAGGUAAGAAUGCAGUCGAAUUUAUAGUUUGUCAAUUUUAGAGUGUCAUAGGUUUGAGAGAGGUGUCGUAGCUUAGUGUAAUUUCAUCCUUGAGUUGCUCUUCUGGUUCAGAUAUCAACAAUGUUUUUCUUUUUUCGAUUUUAUAUUUUAUUUUGACAAAUUUCUAAA